AUGUUGAAGUCGUUGAUGCCGCCGCUGCUGCACAUGUUGCGCUUCAUGUUGGCUUUUGUGCUGAAAAUUGCGAUGGCUCUUUUGAACAACACUUCUGCCCCUGCUCAUGGAGAGAGGUUGAAAAAAUUCACCGGCAUAGUCAUCCGGGAAGGCGGCGUUGCCCCUGCUGCUGCCUCCACCAAUGCCACCAACAUUCCGGCCGCCGCACUGAACACUAUCGGCGGACAGGUGAACCAGCAAGGCUUCAAAAGAGACGUAGAUCAGUAUAUGCCGAUAGCCAAUAUUACCCGCAUCAUGCGGCGCGUCCUCCCUAGCCACGCCAAAAUUGCCGACGACGCCAAGGAGGCUAUCCAGGAAUACGUCUCCGAAUUCAUCAGCUUUGUCACCGCUGAGGCGAAUUGGCGGUGCAACCGCGACUACCGGAGUACCGUCACGCCGGAGGACGUGUUGGCGGCAAUGGCAUCGCUAGGUUUGGACGACUAUUUGGAGCCGCUCACCCUUUUCCUAAACAAGCACCGCGCCGAACAGAACUCUGAGCAAGGAUCUAUGAAUUUGUUGCCGCAAUUCGUCAGGCAAGGGGGCGACGCUGGCGCCAGAGUUGGUUUUAUUGACAACCAGCAGCGGCAACGUACUCACACGGUGCAUCAGCCGUCACCAUCACCCCCACCGUCGGCAUCAACAGUGGGGUAUUAUGCCCCCUUACCACCGUCUGCUGCUACGAUGGAAGAAGAGAGAGAUUUUGGUGGGUUGACGCCGGCAAUACAUGAAUAUAUGUUGCGUAACCAUGGUGGUGGAGAAGGGUCCUCCGGCGGCUGCGAGUUUGAUCCGUUUCAGAAGUUUUAA